CACUGCAAUGGUUUGGUUCCAGCAGAUAAGAAGUCUGAAGGAAGAUCCCGGGUAGAUCGAGAUGCUGACAAUCUUCAGCUUCAGCAGCUGGAAGAAAAGGACGUAGUAUCAUCUGUAGCUACUGUUCUCUCUGAUCUUUGUGGGCCUGGAGAGUGGAUGCCUAUGGAGAAACUUCACGCGGAGCUGUUGGAGCAAUAUAGCAGUGUUUGGCAUCAUAGUAGAGUGAGAAGGUAUCUGACAUCAGAAGAUUGGCCAGGUCCAGAAUCCAAAGGGAAGCCUUGGUAUGGUUUGCUUAUGCUGUUAAGGAAGUACCCGGAGCAUUUUGUCAUCAACACAAGGUCCAAGGGCCGUGUCACCCUGGAGUUUGUUUCUCUUGUCUCUCUUCUAUCCUGACCACAUUGUCACUAAAGCUCAAAUUGAAAAGGAAAUAACCAUCAGCCCUGGUUGCUUCUAACAGUGAUAUAUGGUUUAGCUCUAAAACUGUAUAAAUGUACUUUUGUUGCUUUCUUUUUGGGUAAUUUCUUGUAACUAGGUAAAUAUGUCCCCCUCUCCCCCAGUGCUCUGAGAGCAAAAUUAACCAUUAGUUCUUACUUUUUUCAUGGAUUUAGAAAAUGGGACUAAGACUUAAACAUCAGAGUUGGGCGUGUCCAGUUUAUUCAUUCUAUAAAAAUGUAGGACCACUCCUAGAAUUAAUAUUAAACUGCUCGCGGUUAAGAUGCA